AUGCGGCAGAGAGUCCUUGCAUGUGACGUGGCACGGCUGCGUGUGGCCACCGCUGCCCUCUUUACGUCACACCGAGCCAUCAUCAACGGCGUGGCGAGUAGCCGCAUUCCGCGUGGCAUGACGCCGCUGGGCGUGCCGUGCAGCGAAGAGGUGCUGGAGGCACUGGCAGAGGCCUAUGUGAACAUGGAUAUGGCCACCAUGACCACCUUUCACAAGAAGGCGAUGGCAGAGAUGUUGCGCGCCGGUAGUGGCGGUGGGGCCGAACCCGUUGCGGUGGACUACGAGGAGCACUUACUGCAAGCUUCGGGCGGCGUUGGUGGUGCUGCUGUCGCCACAUCUGUCCCGGCUGCUGUGGUGGCUCCUGGCGGUGGCGCUGCAGCUGCGGAGAGUGCGGCUCCAUUGGCCAAGAAGGCCCCUGAGAAGACGGCUUUCGACGUCACCCUCAAGAUAUUCCCGGCUGAGAACAAGAUCAAGCUGAUCAAGGAGCUGCGGUCUGUCUGUGGGCUCUCCAUCCAGGAAGCGAAGACGGCGAUCGAUAAGUGCCCAGGUGUGAUCGCCCGCCAGGUGCAGAAGGGCGACGCGGAGAAGCUCAAGGACGCUAUGGUGAAGCUGGGGGCGGAGGUGGAGCUGAUGUGA